AUGAGGCUCACAGCGACAAGGCCAAGGAGAGCAUCCGAGCCAAGUGCAUGCAGUACCUGGACCGCGCCGAGAAGCUGAAGGAGUACCUGCGGGGCAAGGACCGGCACGGCAAGAGGCCUGUCAGGGAAGCACAGAAUGACAACAAGGGGAGUGACAGUGACAGCGAGGGCGAGAACCCUGAGAAGAAGAAGUUGCAGGAGCAGCUGAUGGGUGCCAUCAUGAUGGAGAAGCCCAACGUGCGGUGGAGCGACGUGGCCGGGCUGGAGGGAGCCAAGGAAGCCCUGAAGGAGGCCGUGAUCCUGCCCAUCAAGUUCCCACACCUGUUCACAGGGAAGCGCACGCCCUGGCGCGGGAUCCUGCUCUUUGGGCCGCCUGGCACCGGCAAGUCCUACCUGGCCAAGGCCGUGGCCACCGAGGCCAACAACUCCACCUUCUUCUCUGUGUCCUCCUCUGACCUGACAUCGAAAUGGCUGGGGGAGAGUGAGAAGCUGGUGAAGAACCUGUUUGAGCUGGCAAGGCAGCACAAGCCCUCCAUCAUCUUCAUCGAUGAGGUGGACUCGCUGUGUGGCUCCCGCAACGAGAACGAGAGCGAGGCGGCGCGGCGCAUCAAGACCGAGUUCCUGGUGCAGAUGCAGGGUGUGGGGAACAGCAGCGACGGGAUCCUGGUGCUGGGUGCCACCAACAUCCCCUGGGUGCUGGACUCGGCCAUCAGGAGAAGGUUCGAGAAGAGGAUCUACAUCCCCCUGCCCGAGGAGGCGGCGCGGGCGCAGAUGUUCCGGCUACACCUGGGGAACACCCCGCACUCGCUGACGGACGCCAACAUCCAGGAGCUGGCCCGCAAGACCGAUGGCUACUCGGGGGCCGACAUCAGCAUCAUCGUCAGGGACGCGCUGAUGCAGCCCGUGCGCAAGGUGCAGUCGGCCACGCACUUCAAGAAGGUCCGUGGUCCCUCCCGCACCACCCCCGGUGCCAUCGUGGAUGAUCUCCUGACGCCGUGCUCGCCCGGGGACCCUGGGGCCACCGAGAUGACCUGGAUGGAGGUGCCCAGCGACAAGCUGAUGGAGCCUGUUGUCUGCAUGUCAGACAUGCUGCGCUCGCUGGCCACCACCCGCCCCACCGUCAAUGCCGAGGAUCUCCUCAAAGUGAAGAAAUUCACGGAGGACUUUGGACAGGAAGGUUGAGGGGGGGCACGGGGGCUGUGGGGCUGGGA